AUGAAUAUAUCAUUAUAUCACGUUCUAACUAGAAAGGUGUCAAAUAUACACGACCUAUUACAGCUCUGCAUCGUAUCAAAGACCUUUUAUAGCGCUACUAUACCAGAGCUAUACACUACUAUUCUUAUCCGGGCCGACGAUGAAGAGUGUCUGCAUAUGGUAAAGGUUAAACAUUUCUUGCAGAAUUUAGGCCGCAUGAAACAUGUAAGAAAUCUUCAAGUCCGAUCACCUUUCUAUGUCAAUCGCCCAGAGCGAUGUAUACACAACUGGGAUAUGAUUGAUAUGGCUAGGGGUAGUGCUUCAAUCGGCAAUAAAAUGAGGAGGAUUGACAAGCUUAGCGCAAGCCUACUGGCCGUCUUGGACCUAAUAAGAGAAAGUGAGCUGCGAAGCUUCAGUUGGGAGAUAGGGACUUGUAUUCGGCCGCAGAUACUAGGCCCUACUGGUUAUUUAAACAGCAAACAGAAUAAGCUCGCAGUGAUAAACCUAGUUACUAUGGGUAUGUGCGAAAUUAACGAACGUGGUAACAGCCCGAUCGAGCUUGGGCAAUUUAGUUGCCCCCGGGACAUUUCCUGGAUAGGCAUGUGGAGUGACAGAGACCUUGCGGCCCUUAAUACCGCACUAAAAACAAAUGCGAACCACCUCAGGCGACUUGAACUGGACUUUGUUAACAUGUCGUUGGACCCGUAUAAACACAGUUAUCUUGCCAGCAGAAUUCUGGAAUUGCCUGUGGAUCAGUGCAAAGUGAGGUUUCCAUCCUUGAGAGCGCUUUCCCUUAGUUCGGUUUCUCUUGAGGCCAGUCACAAGGAGCUAGCAUACGCCCUUAAUAUACACAAACUGUCGUCUUUGACCUUGCGGAACUGUCCUGGGUGGGAGGUUCUUCUCACAUCAGCCAUGGAGCGAGGACAUAAUAGAAAUCUAUCCUCGAUAGAGGUAGUCUAUCACCGGGAUACUUGGAAACCUGCGAUCCCGAUUCUCAUGGCUUUCUUUUGGCCGGCCCCCUGCCUCAAGGACCUUUUUGUUUCUCUCAGCUUCCCUGGCCACACUUUUGAAUUGUGGAAUGUAGCUAAGAAUCAGAGUGGGCUAACCAGGUUUGUUUAUCAUGAAAAGACGUGGCAAUUCAGAGAAUCUGGCUCGGACGACGGCGACUUAGAGGUUGAUAAUAUCAAUUUAUCGCUUUCUACGGAGGAUGUAAAAUGGCUAACUCUGUCUGGACCCGAGCAUCCUUUUGCAGGGUCGCGAUCAGAGUGCUUGGGGCUGAGCUGUGAUUUAAUGAUCUUGAAACCUAUAGUUGCACCGUUUGCUACUAGUCUCAAGUUCAAAAUUUUGCACGUACGGAGGUUUGGCGAGGGUUGUUUGAAUGGCCCAAGAGUUGGCAUCUACGAAACAACCAACGGCAAUAAAUCGACCCUUCCCCUCAAACAGUUCGCUAAUUGGGUAUUCGGGCCAGACGGUCUUUUGUCUCUCCGAGUACUUGCAUUUGGAGACUUUUCUUAUAUGGAUCGCUUACGAGACAGCAAUCACCUAUUAUGCAGACACUCAUGGUCCUUUCAACACCCACGUACGAAAGAGGUGGUUGCUCUCGCAUUUCGGCACGUGGAGAAGACCGAUCACGUGUUGUGGUCCCUCGUCGAGCUCAAUAAAGACUUUCUAGGUGCUUGUCCAACAGAGCCAAUUUUUGAAUAUUGGGCUUCAGCCACCUAA